AUGGAACGUGCAAGAAGGUUUAUACAAAGCUUGAUUUUUGCUUACAUAAGCUUAUUGGUCUCAGCAGAUCAGUAUCAACCAUCUUAUCCUCCGCAUCCUCAGCACUAUUCUAAUUAUAGAGAUUACUACAAGUGUGAUCCUUAUCAGCGACCAACCUGCGCUUUAAAUAGUACUUUACCAUAUUGUAUCGAGGAUGCGGAAUAUCCUAAGGAUGAAAUUAAGGCAGCAAUAUCAUCAGAUCUCAAGAAGUUUCGCAGACAGUACGCUGAUGUACCAAAACAAUCUGCAGACGAUCUGGUGAAUGGUAUCACGCAGAAACAAGAGAAUUCUUUCGAUUAUAGUUAUUAUACUGGAGCUAACACGUUGGAUAACACUCACUGGAGCGGACCUGAAGGAUACAUUUGCCCUUCAGAAGUUCAGUACGCGAUGCCCAAGAGAGCGAUGAACAUUAAAGGAAAAUGGAGAGUGAUUGUCAACGAUGGAUACUACUACACCCAAACAGCACGUGUGGAAAUUUGUCUCUACCCCGACACUACAUGUAGACUCCUGGCUCCAUGCUACGGAUCUAAAUGUACACAGAAGUAUGUUUAUCAUAGGAUGUUAUCUUUAGAUCCUUGUGAUCAUUACAGAGGUCUCUUCAUAGAUUUAUAUAGAUUUCCAUCAGCUUGCUCGUGUCGUCUUCCCUCUAAGUAA